UCAUGCAUGCGGGAGGAGUGUGUGCACUGCCCUGGGCCUGGGGGUGCAGUUGUGUUGUGGGUAGACUGUGUUUGAUUCUGUGGCUGCCAGCAAGUGUCAGGGAGUUUCUGAGCAAACUAAGUUUGGGGGUAGCAGGGGUGAUGAAGUGGGGCUUUCUCAAGCUUGAGUCUCCCCCACCUCAACUUGAGACAGCAGCCUGGCUCCUUUAGGCUUGGAAGAGAAGACACUUCCUCUUUUCCGAAAGGCAGGAAAUAGUGCCUCUAAGGGUGCUGUGGGCAAGAUGCCAGGGCUGCAAUGGGGGUGGAGAAAGCAUAAAUGGAUUUUGCUGUUUCAUUUUCAGGUUUUACUCGGAGAAGCUGCCCUGGUUGCUGGUAGCCACUGGAGUGAGCCUCCUCUCUCUGUCUUCUUUUAAGAGUCAUCUGUGUCCAGGAAGCAGAGCUUUCUUGGUGCCAACAGAUGUCCCAGUCAAGCCUGCAUCCAUCUAUCCCACGUCCCAGGGGUCAUGGGGCUCAGAAAGCAGCCUUGGUCCUGCUGGUUGUCUGCCUGAUGGCCCUUUGGGGGCUGGGGGAGCCCCCAGAGCAUACUCUGUGGCACCUGGUGCUCUACCUGGCCUCCCUGCAGCUGAGCCUACUGUUGAAAGCAACCUGCAGUCUGGUGGAGGAGCUGUGCCACAUUCACUCCAGGUACCAGAGCAGCUACUGGAAGGCUAUACGGUCCUGUCUGGGCUGCCCCAUCCGCCAGGGGGCCCUGCUGCUGCUGUCCUGCUAUUUCUACUACUCCCUCCGGAAUCUGGUGGGCUUGCCCUUCUCAUGGAUGCUUGCCCUCUUGGGUCUCUCCCAGGCAUUGAACAUCCUCCUGGGCCUCCAGGGCCUGACCCCAGCUGAGGUCUCUACCAUCUGUGAAAAAAAGAACUUGAAUGUGGCCCAUGGGUUGGCAUGGUCGUAUUAUAUUGGGUACCUUCGGCUAAUCCUGCCAGGGCUCCAGGCCCGGAUCCAAGCUUACAAUCAGCUUCACAACAACACACUGUCCGGCAUGGGGAGCCGACGGCUGUAUAUCCUCUUCCCACUGGACUGCGGGGUACCUGAUGACCUGAACAUGGCUGAUUCCAACAUUCGCUUCCUGCAUAUGCUGCCACAGCAGAACACAGAUCGGGCUGGAAUCAAGGGUCGGGUUUACAGCAACAGUGUCUAUGAGAUUCUGGAGAAUGGGCAUCGGGCUGGUGCCUGUGUCCUGGAAUACGCCACCCCUCUGCAGACCCUGUUUGCCAUGUCACAGGAUGGCCGGGCUGGCUUUAGCCGUGAAGAUCGGCUGGAGCAGGCCAAACUCUUCUGCAGGACACUCGAGGAUAUCUUGGCGGACGCCCCAGAGUCUCAGAACAUCUGUCGCCUCAUCGUCUACAAGGAACCUGUUGAGGGAAGCAGCUUCUCGCUAUCGCAGGAAGUUCUCCGGCACCUUCGGCAGGAGGACAGGGAGGAGUUCGCGGUGGGCAGCUCCAGGUCCACAUCGGGGCCCAGCUACUCCUGCACGCUGUCACAGGAGCCUGAGCUUCUCAUCAGUGGCAUGGAGCAGCCUCUCCCACUGCGCACUGAUAUCUUCUGAGCCCAGGUGCGCCUUGUCCGAGCCUCUGGUGAUCCUGAGACUGGUGGGGGCUUGUUUGAGUGACUGGACAUCCAGACAGAGACAAGUCCUUCCUGAU